AUGUUCGACAAGAAGUCCCCCAAGGGGCCAUGGCCCACGCCGCCCUUCGACCCGCGCUUCCCCAACCAGAACCAAACCCGCAACUGCUACCAGAACUUCCUGGACUACCACCGCUGCGUGAAGAAGAUGAACCGCCGCGGGAAGAGCGCGGAGCCCUGCGAGUAUUUCUUCCGCGUGUUCCACUCGCUGUGCCCCAUCAGCUGGGUGGAGCGCUGGACCGAGCAGAUUCAUUCGGGGACCUUCGCGGGCAAAAUCUGA